AUGGAGGCCUCUGGUUUGAAUGGGGCGUCAAAUUUUGAUGAUGAGAAGGCGUUGAAAGGUUUGCUUGAGGCGUUUGGUGCUGCGUUUUCUCUUGAUCAAAUAGCUUCUGCUUAUUGCAAGGCUGGGAAGAAUGCUGGCGAUGCUGCUGAAGCUCUGGCUAUGUCUACACCUAAUGGUGAGGCAAAGCCAAGGGGUGAAGAAGAAUCUUCACGAUUAUCUCUCGAUAUUAGCUCUAAGAAGCCAUAUCUAUAUCAAGCAAAUGGGAAUUCCAGAGCUUCAAAGCCCAAAUAUCGUCCUAUUUCAGGGGGCAGUGUUUCAAGCAUUAUUGGGAAACAUUAUGUGAAGAAAACACCAUCAGCAAAUGGGUCUUGUAAUGCAACCAAACCCUUGAAGCUGGACUCUGAGGUGUUGCCAAUGUCGGAAACUUGGGUGGAAAAGGCUGAGUCUAAUUCUUCAAGGAAUGAUGGUCUCCACCAGGAUAUGGAAGAUUUUCUAUUCACUAUGCUUGGAGAUGGAUUCAAGCUAGAAAGAGAGAGGAUUCGAGAAGUUCUUGAUAGUUGCGGAUAUGAUAUGGAAAAGAGCAUGGAAAAGCUGAUUAAUUUACCAGCAUCAACUUCUGACAAAAGGAACGGACUCGUCACUAGAUCCAGUGAUAAGUCUGCAGGUUUGUAUCAUAAAUCUGAAGUAUCUUCUGAGAGAAAGUGCAUAAACUCCUCUGAAGGUAAUGGAGAUAAGGCUUCAAAUACAAAUGGUGUGGACUUUACGGGACAAAAAAAAGAGAGAAGUGAUCUCCAGAAGGAAGUUCUGGCUGCUUUGUUCAGUGCUUCUGAGAGAUCCGAGGAGAGACCUGAGGAGCUACCAAGAAGAACAAUAAAGGCAGCAAGUAGAUAUGGAGCAUAUGGACAAUUAGUGGUUGAACCUCCAAAUGAUUUCAUUUCAGAGUGCAAAUCAGCUGUUGUGUAUCAACAGCAUCCUAAGGAGGAUGAUGCAGAUGAUGAAGAUAACUACCAGGUUCUUCGUAAAGCUGUGAAGGAGUAUCGGACUACGAUGAAGGAAUAUUUCCAGGCUGCUGUAGAGGCAUUUUCUAAGGAGGAUCAUGAUCGAGCAAGCAAACUUCUAGAACAAGGAAAAUUUUUCCAAGAAAAGGCACGUGAAGCGGAUGAAGAGUCAAAUGAAAUGAUUCUAAGAACAAGAAACGUUGAGACACAAGGUGAAAUAGUGCUUGACUUGCAUGAACGCAGUGCCAAGGAGGCGAUACGUCUUUUGAAGUGUCAAAUUUCUUCAUUUUCUGGAAUCUCAUCAAUCAAGUGUCUUAAGGUCAUCAUUGAUACACAAGAGGAAGAGAUCUCAAAAGGAUCUCGUAGACGAGUAUUGGUUUUGAAGCUACUGCAGGAAGAAUCUAUUAAGUGGACUGAAGGGGAAAAGGCCGGAACAAUACUAAUCCAAUUAGACAGUAUUAAUCGGAAACGUUUAACUUUCAUUAAAAAGUAA